UCAGCAUAUAUAACACGACUGGUUGGCUUAUUUCCGCUAUUUCUUUGAGCGGCAGUAGAUCGUGACUUUGUUGAGUAUUUAAGUUAUUGUAUUUUUAAUACAUAACGUUGAAAAAUUGCAAAAAUGACAACUGAAGUGGUUAUUGUGUCAGCUGUUAGAACACCGAUAGGAUCAUUUUGUGGAUCACUAUCAUCCUUGAAAGCAUCUGACUUAGGUAGCAUUGUAAUAAAAGAAUGUCUAUCAAGGGCAAAUUUGAAACCAUCAGACGUUCAUGAAGUUGUUAUUGGUCAAGCAUUAACAGCUGGACAAGGUCAGAAUCCGGCUCGCCAAGCAGCUAUGAAAGCAGGAAUUCCAAUAGCAGUGCCAGCAUAUGUAUUGAAUAUGCUUUGUGGUUCUGGUCUGAAAGCAGUCGCAAAUGCUUAUCUCUCUAUUAAGUCCGGUGAAUACGACGUAGUUGUUGCUGGAGGUCAGGAAAGCAUGAGCCAAGCUCCCCAUGUUAUUCAUUUAAGGAAUGGCGUAAAGCUCGGUAAUGGAACUAUGAUUGAUACAAUGCUAUUUGAUGGUCUUACAGAUGCAUUCACCAAUGUUCAUAUGGGCAUAACAGCUGAAAAUAUUGCCAAAACAUAUAAUAUAAGCAGAGAAGAACAAGAUAAUUAUGCAGCCAAAUCUCAACAAAGAGCUGAAGCAGCAAUCGCUGCAGGACAUUUUAAAAAAGAAAUAGUUGCAGUUGAAGUACCUAAUAAAAAACAAACGACAACAGUAUCGGUUGAUGAAUAUCCUAAAUCAGGAACAACGGUCGAAAGUUUGAAAAAACUUCAACCAACAUUCUUAAAACAAGAUGGAACUGUAACUCCUGGGAACGCAUCAGGAAUAAAUGACGGAGCAGCUGCAGUUGUACUGAUGUCAGCAAAAGCUGCUGCUAGUAAAGGAAUUCCAGUAUUAGCAAAUAUUGUUGCAAUCGCCCAAGCAGGUGUGGAACCUAGUAUUAUGGGUAUUGGUCCAAUACCAGCCGUAGAAUUAGUAUUAAAAAAGGCUAAUUGGAAAAAAGAAGAAGUUGAUUUUUAUGAACUAAAUGAAGCUUUUGCUGUUCAAUCACUCGCUUGUUUACAUGAGUUAGGAUUAAACCCGGAAAAAGUUAACGUUUGUGGCGGAGCUAUUGCUCUCGGGCAUCCUAUUGGAGCUUCAGGAACCAGAGUUUUAGUCACACUUGUGCACUUACUAGAACGGACCAAUGCUAAAAAAGGGAUAGCAUCAUUGUGCAUAGGUGGAGGAAUGGGCAUUGCAAUAGCCAUUGAAAGAAAAUAGGAAUAAAAACCAAGCAUUCAAUAUUAAAUAAGAAAAUACUGCAAUUGAUGACAAUUUCUUAUAGACUAUUUUUGUAAUGUUAUGAAAUAUGGCUUGUGCAUUAUGGUAGAUAUUUAGCACAUAAUUACUAAUGAUCAAGUGUCUUACUAUUUUAAAAGAUGUUUAAUAUUGUUAAUAAUGUAUUGAUAAUCCUAAAUAUUUGAAUGGAAAAACUAUUAUCAUUAAUUUUAAUAAUGGAGUAAUGCGAAAAUCAGUAUUUCAUC